CACAGCAACCGAGGGACCCGUUCGCAAAAUGGCGCCUGCGGAGGCCUCGGCUCGGCUGCUCCUUGUCCGGGGCGGCGGCGGCGGCGGCUCGCUUUAGCGGCGGCUUCGCCUCGCCAUGCUCGUCCGGCGGCUCCUUUGGGGGCUGCUGGCUUUUUUCGGGGCUGGAGCCCAGGAUGGGAAUCCGGGUGGGUAGGAAAGGGCAACGUCCGCUUCGGCGCUUCUCCCGUGCAUUUGUUGGCUUGGUUGUAAGUUGCCCUGAGCGGGAUGAAGCAGCUAAGAAAUUCUAGCAAGAGCAUAUGCGUGACAGGCAGCAAUCUUGCAGGUGCAGGCGGCACCCCGCUUCGUCACCUCGCCGCGCUGGGUAAAAAGCCUCCCCUGUUUUGUUUCUGCCUGCCACGCAGCUGUGGAAGCUCAGGAGCCCGCUCACAAGGUGCCUUGGUUUGGGGAGCAAACAGAUUGACAACCUAAAACCUUAGGAAACGAGGCACUUGAGGUGGCCAGUUUUCUUUUGUCACUCUGCAAAACUCUUUAUUAACUGCUUCCCCUCCCUCUGCCCAGCCUCCCAGUAUCUCAGACCUUGUGCAGUGCAAGUCAGGCAACGUUUCUUUUCCUUGUGCUCCACAGUUCAAAGGGAUCCCACAGGGCAUCAGAACAAAAGGUGCCCCUGUUCUAUUACGUAUUUCUGUAAACUAGCCCAAGAAAAUUUCUUAGACUUACUCACAAAGAGCUUUCUACUUAGAGGGGUCUGAAAUGAAAUCCCUAAAAUGGGGGAAUUGUCUCUAGAUAAUAACAAAAAAUAUUGUGUCGCUUGGAAGACUUAACAAAUUUAUUAUGGAUAAGCCUUUUGUACACUGCAGUCCCCUUCAGCUGAUGCAUGGGGUUAUAGUUAUAUGCUGGAUUGGGUACAGGGAUUAUAAAAAGUGAGGUCAGAGGGAUUGAAAUGCACAAAAGUACAGGCAGUGAUAACAUUUUUUUAUUCCACAAGUGCUAAUGUUGAUUUAUAUUUGUAGGUUUUCAGCCUCCCUUUAUCUACAUGUCUGGGCCUGUAGUCACUGCUUCUUUGGUGAGCAAUCCAUCAGAUGUUUUCAGUAUUGCUGUGGCAGACAAUGAAACAGGUAAGAUUCUUUUGACACUGCUUUUUUCCCAAAUUGGAUGUGUUUAAAUACCAUAGAAAUUGUGGGACCAUUUUGCUGUCUCAAAUAUCACUUGGGACUGAGUACAUGAACUUUCCUACUUCUACCAUCUCUCACAGUGAUGAAGUGAGAGAGAAGAGUAAAUCCGAAAGUAUUCAUAUUGCUCUUUGCUCUCUUCCAGGAAUGUUGCCGCUUGCAGAUUGUACUGGAAGAAACAAAACUGGUGACUGGAGUUUGAAUGUAACGUAUCAAGGGGUUAGUAGAAAAAUCCCAUAAGCCAUCCUUCCAUUGUGGUUCAAUAUUUUAACUGUAUACUUCUUAAAUACUCCAUUGACUCUAAUUUUGUGCAUUUUUGAACUAUGGGAUUAGCCUGUGACUGCCUGCCGUAAAGGACUCCUGCCUCUCACAUAAGCGAAUAUUUAUUUUAUUUGUUUGUUACACUUGCAUACUCUCCACCAAUUAUGUCUUCUGCAUGGUUUGCAAUUUUUUAAAAAAUUACAAUAUACAAUAAAAAAUUUAAAACAAUAAAGAACUAUAAGCAAUACAAAUUGCACAAUCAAUUUAAAACCAACAAGGUGAUAAGAAAUUGAUGCAAAAAAUCAAAACCAUCAAAAAUACAUGCCUGUCACAAAGGCUUGUUAAAAUGAGAACUGUACAGUUAACUUAAUCCCACACAGAAUCCCAAAUAAUAUUUCUUUCUGUGGUUGUUUCACACAUGUAUCACUGAUCAUUGGGUGUUUUCCCACUAGCAUUGCAAUACUAAACACAUUUUGUUUGGUGCUUGUUAAUUAUUGCUCUUCCAGCCCCCCCCCCAAUUUAAUUGACAGAGGAAAAUACACUGACUGGUGUUGAAGGUCACUUUUCCAGCAAGAUGUGUUUGAAAUUUGUGUGAUGUUUAGUAAAUGUAUUACCUGCCAUCACACUGUGUGUUUCAGAAUGUUUCCAGAGUGAUGGUAUCUUUGACCAGGAGUCUGCAGCUGUGUACUUCCAAUCUCACCAAUUGCUGCACAGAAGCCCUCUGUUUGGUUGAAGCUUUGCAAGUCUCGGCUUGUCGAGACUCGGUGGUGGUGGCCCAUCUGUUGAUCCAAGCUGAAAUAUAUGCUAAUACGUCCUCAGGAAAUGUGACAGGAAAAGGAGAAGGUAUUUCAGUCGCUGUUGCUUUAUGUUAUAUUUUAGAAUUUCCUUUUCUGCUUUUCUGUGAUACUCUGUGUGUAUUUUCACUGAGGCUUCAGCCUUUUGAUGCAGCAGUCCCAUUAGACUUCAAAAGUCCUAUAUAAGUAUAUGGAGAAGAAGCAACUUUGCCCACAAAAUGGAAGAACUCCCCACCCUGCACCAUAUUUGCCUCUGUGUGUGUGUGUGUGUGUGUGUGUGUGUGUGUAUGUAUGUGUGUGUGUAUCUAAAAGUUCAGGGAGAGGCAGGCUGGGGAAACGCAGUCAGAUGGGCAGGGUACAAAUAAUCAAAUAAUCAAAAUUAUUAUUAAGAUUCAAAUGCGGUUGAUUUCCCAGCAGAACCAGUGGAGUGGCCCUGCUCCCCAUCUUUUUUCCACUGCAGUCAGAUGGACUGGCUGCCACUAGAUAACAGGUGUGGGGUGGGGAGGAGCGCCUUAAGUUUCAGAGCUGAAGUUAUUUUUCUCCUUUUUCAAAUAGAUAGUACAACAGUGAUCCCCAAUCAAGUGUUUCAGCCACUGGGAUCUUGUCCUUGCAAUCUCACUGCAGGAGCCUGCGAUAUCCGUUGCUGCUGUGAUUUGGUACUAUUUCUACAUUUAAUUUUGAAAACUUUCUUCAUUGUAAGCAUUCUUAGGGGAAAUCUACAAAAAUGCCCUCAAUAUUAUUUGCGAGAGAACUUUGUGUUGUUCUUUAUAUUUAGCACUAUGACACAAUAAGCCAACAAUGGUUGUAACUUCUGGUCUUCAGAAGUUGAACUAAUUUAAUAAGAAGGAAAAAAAUAUGAAAAAAUGUGGCUGAUGGCUCCCGGGGUUGAUAAGCAGCAGGGGUGACCUCCACAGUGUCUGCCCUGCUUACCUUUUCUUUCUUAAAAAGUGCAUGUAAGAUAAGUUCAUGCAGGCCUCUUUGUCCAUCUAGCCCAGUAUUUUCUGCUCUGGAUGGAGUGGAUCUUCUGGGUUUUAGGUGUUGUCUUUGGCCCACUUGCUACCUGUGAUCCAUUUAACUCAGGUGUGGGAACCUUUGGACCUCUGGAUGUUGCUGAGCUAUGACUCCCAUCAUCCCUGCCAUUCAACAUGCUUGGGGAGGCUGAUGGGAGCUGUAGUUCCCCACACCUGUUUUAACUGGAUGUGCCAGGGAUUGAUGAAUCUGGGACCUUCUGCAUGCAGGGCAUGUGCUCUACCACUGAGCUACAGUCACUCCCCAAAGCUUGUGCUUUAUUGUACCACGUCUUUUUAGUUUGGCAAAAAGUAGAACCUUUUUUCCCCUUUUUCCUUUUUCUAGGAAUGCACCUCAGAGAUGAAGCAACUGUUCAAUGGGUCAUGUUUUAAAGGAAUAUUUGGUGGGGAUGUCAGUCCACCUUUUGACCAACUGUGCUCUGUCCAGACGGGGAACAAUGCCCCUGACUGGUUUCCCUUCCUAUGUGUGCAGUCUUCCAUUAACAACACACCUUUCCGGGGUUAUUUUUAUCAUGGGGCUGUGUAAGUAUGGAGGCUUAUCUGGGAUAUGUGCGUUCCUGUGAGAUAGUCCCUAACUAAGUGCAUGCAAGUGACCCAGUUUCUCUCCACCUCUCAUGCUUGCACAGUUUUGUUAUUUUCUCUUUUCACUAUGUUUCCGACAGUGGAAUUACCUCUUCCCACCAAUUCCGUCAUCCAAGAAUAUUUUUAAAAGAAACAAUGAGCACUUUAUGAACCUUUCAUUCUUAUAAAACUUAUUUAUUAAGACAUUUAUAUAUCACCUUUCAUUGUAAAAUAAGUAAGGCACUUUAUAGAAUAAAAUCAAUGCAAUAAAACAGUAAGUUACUAAAAGCACAGAUAUCACAGAUACCCAGAAUUUCCAAUAGAGCCGCUACUGAAAGGCAGUGCUUAGGGAAUGCCAUCGCAAAUAGCUAUGUUUCAAACAACCAGCAUUACUGUAGGUGCCUGCCAUAUCAAAUAUAUUUGCUGCCAUUCAGGGCAGCCUUUGCCAAUCUGGUGCUUUUCAGGUGUUUUGGUCUACAGCACCUAACAGUUUUAACCAGCACAGCUGUGGUGGCUGAGGCUAAUGGGAAUCAUAGUCCAAAAUGUUUGGAGGGUCCCAGGUUGACAAAGGCUGGUACAGAGCUCUUCCUCCCUGUCCUGGUUUUUGCUCAGGUCCAUGCAAGCUGAGGCUGAUGUGAGUCGGUCUAACAACACCUGGAGAGCUUCAGGUUCUCCAUCCCAGCUGUUCCCUUUCUCAGGGCCCCAUGCUUUAUUUUUAAUUUUCUCGCACAGGCUAUACAUUCUCUUGUUUGCUGUUGCCACAGACAGGAUAAUAAAACAUAUUUGGGAGGAGGGAGAGAACCAGCUGCAGAGAUCUUCAAGCUAUUACCCACUGCUCCCUCUUAGUUCAUGUGCUGAGCAGAUCUUGCUACCGCUACAAACAGUAGAAGAGCCUGGCUGUUGGAUCGGACCAAAGGCUUGGCAGCUAGUCCAGCAUCCUGGCUCCAAUGGCAGCCAAGCAGAGUAUGGAGGAAGCAGUCCUCUUCCGUUGUUCUUCCCCUCAAGCUGAUACUGAGUGGCAUUCUGCUGUUUUACACGAAUGCUACUUUUGAUCUAUCAGUGGCCGCUAGUCUGACUAGCUACUCGGCCAUCUGAGCUAGAGGCUAUCAUAACAUCAUGUGGCAAUGUGUUUGAUGACUGAAGUACAGUAUGUACUUCUGAAGGAAUACUUCUUUUUAUCAGCCUUGAAUCUUCUGAUUAGUUUCAUUGAGGGAUCCUGAAUUUGAAAAUUAUAAGAGAGAAAGAAAAGCUCCUCUCUCUGUCCUCUUUCUCCACUCAGCAAGCAUAAUGCUGUGAUUCUGUAGAAACUGAAGGCUUUAAUAAUAUACAAAUGUGGGGUUUUUUUUUAAAAAAAUGUUUUUUGCAGUUCUUCACCCCGAGUUUCUUCAUUUAAAGUACCAUUACAAACCAUCCCAGGAAAACUUUCCAGUGGUUACAGACAAGGAGAUCCAGUUAUGACUGUUCAGAAUGGGUAUUUUACAGUUCCUCAGGUAAUGACAGCCUGCUUGAGUGAGUGGCUCUUUUUGUGUUUGCUUAGAGCAGUGUGAGGGACCUCUGGCUCAUGGGAUAAAUGGCACCCACCAAGCUCCUAAAUCAGGCUUUUGGGAGUCUCCCUCGGUCACGCCCCUCCUUCCAAAACACCUGCUGCCCCCUGCUGUGUAUCCCCUUCGUGUGCUUUCGCCUGGCUGGAAUUUAUCUUUGAACUCUUGCUUGCCUGGAUGAAGAAACACGGGAUGUAGAGGCUGUCUUUUGUGUGGCUGGACUACAGUAUGACCUACUGUACAAAGAUCAGAGCCAAACCCAUUGCUGCUCCUGCUUUUGCUUCUAGCCCUGCUCAGUUUUGCCUCUGACUGCACCCACCACUGGAAUGCAGCCCCCACCCCAAAAUUGUCCACUGAGGAAGUGGCCCCCUCAAGAUGAAAAAAAAGUUCUCUACUGCUGGCUUUGAGCUUGUUUAGGAGAGAAAACAAAUUUCACAAAACAAAUCUGAAGUUCAGCUCUUUUCUUCCUAUGUGAUGCAGCAAUUCAUAGCUGGGCAAUGUGCAAGAAAUGCCCCUGUUGCCUUCCUUCAGAAUUUUGAAGUCGAAUGUCUCAGCGCUUGUGAUGGAGUGGGGAGCACGCCACCUAACAUAGCAAUAAACAGCGGUACUGGAGGUACGUUGGGAUCAGAAAUAAUAGAUUGCUCUUUGCUCCAUCAGAAUGAGGUUGAUUGAAGUGUUAUUUUCUAAUACCUGUGACCAUUGUUUUCAGGCAUGGCUGCCAGGCUUAAACUGUUCUUUAUCUUCAAGAGUAAAAUGAAGUAAAAUGAUGCAAGGUAUAAUUUGACCUGGCUCUUCUCUCAAAUCGUACUAUGAGCUUGCAAACACUGAUCCACCAACAAUAUAUACAUACUCGUAGGUCGAACUCAAGGUAGUGUGCCUAGAGGUCCUAGGUAAUUUCUGACCACAACCUGAAGACCUGCUUAUCUUCAACAAGAUUGCUGCAUUCUCUGCUUUCAGACCAUGCCCUGACAACAAAGGGCACUAUCGGGACUGAUAGUGUCAAGUCAUCUGUUGAAAAGAAGAAAGAACUGCAAGUACCUCCUCCCCAACCAACUGGUUGCUAGGUUCAGGAAUCCUGCUACGCAAGCUGCAUAUCCAUCAUCAUUUUUAUGCUGACAGGCCUGUUCAGUUCAAUUUUCUUUUUUAGAUGAGCCAGUCAUAUUUUGCAUUGUUUUGCAUUAUUUUAUGUAGUGCAAUACCUUGAUAUUUUAUGAGUGGGAGAUAUAUGAAUACGUCUAUGAAUAAAUCAUAAUCUUUCCCCCUGUGCAAGUUAUGCUCUAGAAAACCAUCUGUAUGUCUUAUUCUGCAUCUGGGAUCCCUCUUGCUGCAAUUACAAUCUGCUUUUGUUGCAGGUUGUUUUUCAGACUUGUUGCACUCAAUAAUCUGUUUUCUUGCCAGACAGCAUCAAGCCACAGGUGACCCAUGAGAGGAAAGACACUGAUGUAGGUAGCUGCACUGGCAGAGGUAAGUCUGUGUUCAACUCUCUCUCUAAAUCACCAGAUCGCUAGAGCUUUCUUUAAAUUACAAUGAAAUUUGGAUUUCAUACAAAUUGUUUUUUGUGUUCAGAAUGCAGAAAUGUGACCUUUGGAGAAGAUUAUACAAUCAUAUGGGAAGGCAAGAGAAUAAUAGAAAUACAAGUCACCGUCGUUUCUGGAGCAGUAUGUCCAGAAGGUACCAUCCUUGUUCUUUUUUGCAUUCCUUGCUCAGUUUCUCUCCCACUCCCAAUCCUUGUUGUUUAUAUGGCAUAAUCUUGAGACAUUAUUGGAGUGUGACAUGAAAGAGAAUUUUCAGCUCGGUGGCUGGUAAGAUGGGGCCAGCAAAUCCUGACCCCCAUGUACUUGGUACCUUUCUGAACGUGCCAAAUACUUGCUGUAUCCAGGUCUGCAGAACUUCUCCCACUUGCUGAAGAGGCAGGAGAAUGGAAAGGACUUAAUGCUUGGUCUAUUUCAGUAGGUGGAGCCUCCAUCAACUCCAGUCAUGCAUGCUGUGAGUCAAAAGACCUCUCAGGAGGGCUUUCACAGACCUCUAGCUCUGUGCAGCAAAAGAAGUUCACUGGAUUUGACAUUUGUUUAUCUGAUUUUGAUGAGAAAAGAUUCUGCCACAUGUCUGCUAUAUGCCCCAUUGAAAGAAAAACCAAGCAAAAAAGAGCAGGACAUCCUUUGUGCUGGUUGUAUCAUAUCCUGAGGUUCUUCUCCUGUAGCUACAAAUACUAAAGGGUUGCCCUGUAGCCAUCAUAUAUGCUGUGUAUCCAGAAAAGUGCACACCUUGCCCUCUGCAGUGGUGUAUAGAAAUCACGAAAAGAUCUAUUCAGCUUUGAAAUGAUCUAUAUAUAAACAGAGAAAUAUCAGUGGGUUUUAAAGGAUGCAGUAUUGUAUUAGUUAUCAAAAUUUAGGUUAUGAUUUGUAUGAUAAUUGCUGAAUUAAAGGUUCAACAAAGUGGUAUUCCUCCUUUUCAUUAGUGUUUAUUGUGUAUCCUUUUCCUUUUUCAGAAAUACUGACACAGAAAUUCACAGUCAACUUUGUGAGUGUAAACACUACAAGCAGAGAAGAAUUGUCUGGGAAUCCAGGUGAAAAGCCUCAUUGGUGGUGUUUAUAUGCUCGCCGGAGAAAAUGCAACAUAUUUGUAAUGAUGUAUGUGGGGAGUGAAAAUGUCAAAACCUGAUGCUUUGGGUGUUAACUCUAGGAAGACUUAAGGUUGCAAUCCCAACCCCUCACCUGGGUUUAAGCAUUAAAUUCAGUAAAAUUUACUUCUGAGCAGACAUGGCUAAGGAUGCACUAUAACAUAGUUAUUUGACAGUAUUGCUUGUCGACAAUGAUUAACAUCUAUAAAACUUUACAGAAAACCAUCUCUUUCUGUAUAGGUUAUCAAAUUGGCAAACCGAUUAGAGCAGCAAAUCUGAAUUCUUCCGAUGCUGUCACCAUUUUGCAACUUUGGAAGCCCGGUACUACAUUUUGAUAUGGAGUGUUAUAGAACCGUGAUACAAAUGAACAUUUCAGAAUUAGGUUUAUCACCCUAACACUAAUUUCAAUCUUCUAUACUGUUUGGUUAAGGUAAGCUGCCCAGAGUGGCUGGGGAAACCGAGCCACUUGGGCGGGGUAUAAAUAAUGAAAUAAUAAAUAGAUAAAUAGAUAAAUAAAUUGUUUAUUAUUAUUAUAACAGUGUAAUUGGAGUUGAUAUGUGUUUUGUUGAUUCGAAAUAUACUGUAAAACUAACUAUAAAUAUGUAUUUAUCUGAUCUAUGGCAGAUACAGAGAUAAUUAGACUCUGUUUCUACCUAAAGCCUUAGUUGGCUUUUCUGCUUUUUGCUUCUGAUAUCAUACCACUUUCCUUUGAAAUGCUUCAGAAGGGAAAUACUGAGAUCUGCCAUUUAAAAAGCUUUCCUGAAACAGCGUUAUGGUCUUGGUCCUGGGUAGAAGUGCUCUGUGACAGCGCAGUCACUUCAGCUUGGACUGAAUUAAAACAUCUCUGUUUCUCAUGGAUGUAAAAAGGUGAACUCAGUAAGAUCUCAACAUUAUUAUUUUAUUGUGCGCCUUAGUAAUUUUUGUUUAAAAAUUAUAUUACAUAAAACUGUAAGCAAGAACCUGAAAAAAAUAUGAGGUUUUCUCAAGCAAAUACUUCUGUUACAUAGAUGGCAAAGGCUUGUGUGCAUCGGCAGGUCUCACACCAGUUUUGUUCGGAUUAAAUUCAAUCUCUGGAUGCAUUUUAGAAGUUGAUCUUAAGGACAACUGCAAUCAGUUGAGGUGAGAUGGAGUGUUUUCUUCCCUUUUUCUACUUGUGGAAAGUCUGAAGUGAUGAGGGAGUUUUAAUCUCACAUUGAAAUUCUAUCAUUGGUUACAUUUGAACAUAACACUUAGCCAUGGUUUCUUUUAACCAUGGUUUGUUCAGCAAACCGUGAAUUAUCAAAGAGAUGAGUAUCCAAGCUGCAGCUUGUUUCUCUAAAGUGUGUUUUGAUUUCCUGCUGGUUUUGCUUUGUGCCUUUAGUGUGCGUUGGACAACCAAACCAUGGUUAAAUAGGGCUGUUGUGUAGUUAAAAUAAGCCAUCAACAAAUCAUGGUUUCAAAUUGAAGUUUGUUGCGAGAAAACAGACUAUGGUUAUCUUGUGGGACUUGGUUUGGACGAUAAAACAAACCACACUUUGGCUAAACAAAAAUCCCAGGACAUUAAAGGAGAGCAAUGUUUUCAUCAACAAAGCUGUAUUGGCUUCUGCUACCCUGAAUAAUUUAUUUUCAAGUGUGGAUAAUUGUAAUGUUCCAACUUCCAUUAUUGCAGGGAGAAUGUUACCAAAAGACUUAAUUCGUUGGUGCAAGCUACUCAUGUCGGAAAGAGAGGGAACUCCUCUACUAGCGCUCCAGAUGAUUGGGUGGAAAUUAUUUGUGAGUACCAACAUUCACUAGCAUUGAGUCAAUUGCUGAGUUUUCAUUUAGUUAAGUCAUUCCUAUUAAAAAAUUAAUUUAAUAGCAUAUGGCAUAAUCACAUGUAUAAACAUUUUGAGAUAGUAAAAUUUUAAACACCACAAAGCAUGACUAUUUUUUCCAUAUUAGAUUCAAAGUUGUGCAGUUGAAUUUUGAUAUUUUUUAAAAAAUGAAAUUACAGAAUAAUUGUAAUACUGUUUGAGGGGCCAUCGGAUGCAGUGGUGUCAUGUGGUCCCAGGUUAAAGUCUGAAGACACAUGAGGUCACCUCCUUGCAGAAUCUAAGCAGGUCUGGGUCUGAUCAGAACCUGGAUGGGUAGUUGCCUAGGAACUGUGCGUGUGCUGUCUUGAAGACAGGCAGGAUGUAGAUGUAAGAAAAUAGUAUCUCCAUGUAUUUAAGAGUAUAGGGUUGCUCUGUUUUCUGGAAAGCAUGAUUAAUUAUUCUGUCCUCUGUGUGUUUAUUCAGCAGGUCAUCUCAUUGUGUUCAAUUAGCCCUGCCCCUUAAAAAAAUGAAAACAACAACAUUGCCCCUUUUCCCUUGUAACCUUGAAAGAAAAAGAUAAGCUGUUCAACACUGUUCAGUAGUUCUCAGAACAAUGUUUCCCCCCAUUAACAGAUUUAGAUACGUUUGGUGCAGAUACAAAUGCAAGUUUUGGAGAUUUGAAAGGGAUUUGCCUUGAUAUUCCUACCCACUUGAAUAUUCAAAUUAUCAUUGCUGAUGUUGGAGCAGUAGAAGGGAUUCCACAGCCGGAGAUAGUUGGGGUACAGGUCAGGUACGUAAGAAAACUAGCUAUGUUCGGCAGAACUGCUCUUUCUUUUCUUUCACAAAUUUACAAUGGUUUUCUCCAUUGUGUUAUACUCUGCACUGGGUGAGAAGAGUCUUGGGUCAAUAAAAAUACAUUAUGCAAAUUAAGUAGAUUUGUAUUGUACCAAUCUCCAUUUUCUGCUAGAAGAGGGGCAAUGCAAUGUGUUAUGCUAGACACUUGAGCCCUGGGAAUACUGUAACUUACAGUUAUUUAUUCAAUUCAAUAAAUUCACUACCUGCUCAUCUAGAUGAAGGCAAAGGAUAUUAAGAUUGCUACCUUUUAAAUGUUAGCCUAAUUGAUUACAAUGCUCCCAUCUAAUGUUCAAAAUCAUUACAAGAAAGUAGGCAGUUGAAGUGAAAUGCAAGUGUAAGAUUGACCUUUGUACUUUAAAGCAGAUCUAACUGGUCACCUUAUGUAAGGAUAUUGACAAAAUCAAAGCUGCUAUAACAGUAUGUAGCCUAAUAUUGCAGUGUUGUUGCUUGAGGUUUUGUAAUAUAUAUUUUCUCUUCAUAUUUAGUAUUUCAACAGUAACCUGGCAAGUUCAGUGUCCAAUUGCCUGUGAAGAUAAAGCCAGCUCUCUUUCUAUCUCUGCUGCAGUGCAGUUUAUUAAAAUACCAGCACAACCCCCUGUUCCAAUGACAAGGUAACCCUCUUGGAUGCUAUGUUACUGUAAUUCUAUUAAAUGUGUUAAUAUCUAUGGUUGAUCUGAUUUACAUCCUGUGCCCUUUUAAAAUGUGGUUUUUCUGGGGGGGGGGCUAUUGGGUGGUUGUUUUUAUUUUUAUUAUUUAUUUUGUGGUUUUAUAUCUUGAUUUUAUUCUGUGACCCACCCUGAGAUCCCCAGGUAUAUAAAUCAUAAUAGUAAUAAUAAUAGCAUCAGUUAAACGUUGAAUUUGGCUUAAUAGAAAAAAGGGGUAGUCGUUUUGAUACCUGAGUAGCUUGGCACAGUGUAUUCAUUGGACCGGGGUCACCAACCUUUUUGGAACAGAGAGCACAUUUUGAAUUAUGUGAAAGUCACAAAAUAGCUGCAGUGGGCUGUGACAUAACAAUAUGGCUGCCAUGGGGGCAUAGCAUAACACAGAAUUGGAACAAGUAAACACCAUUGCUGCUCCCCCCCAUGCUUACCAUGGGAAGUCAGCUGUGUCCUGCUGGUCCUGAUUGUGGUGAUCACACAAUAAGGAUCUAUCACACACACAUACACUGCCCCCCUCCCCACUGUCUAUUAACAACAGGUAGCAUUCCCCAGCAUCAGGAAAAAUUUACAAAUCUAAUAAAACAACAUCCAUCUGACUGUAAGACUUUAUUUUAAACUGUUUUGCAGAUUUCAGAUUAACUACACAGAAUAUGACUGCAAGAGGAAUGAUGUUUGCUGGCCAGAACUUCUUUAUCCCUUGACACGCUACUACACUGGUAAAAAGAUAGAGGGAAGCUGGUGGUUUCUUGACAAGCAUUCAGAUGGGUUAUUUACACAAGGGUGUCGAGCCUUGUUAAGGUGUUGCUGGACUCCAAUUCCUCAUCAUCCCUCACCUUAGGCCACUCUGGCUGGGGUUGAUGGGAACUGGAAUCUAAGGAGGUUCCUUAUCCCUUACAGCUUACAACUAAAUAAUUUGUAGGUGUUUUAGUUGGCGGUUCGAAUCCCCGCGACGGGGUGAGCUCCUGUUGUUUGGUCCCUGCUCCUGCCAACCUAGCAGUUCAAAAGCACAUCAAAGUGCAAGUAGAUAAAUAGGUACCGCUCCAGCAGGAAGGUAAAGGGCGUUUCCGUGCGCUGCUCUAGUUCGCCAGAAGCGGCUUAGUCAUACUGGCCACAUGACCCGGAAGCUGUACGCCGGCUCCCUUGGCCAAUAAAGCGAAAUGAGCCCUGCAACCCCAGAGUCGGCCACGACUGGACCUAAUGGUCAGGGGUCCCUUUACCUUUACCUUAUGUACUAAUUACAGGAACUUCCUUGCUCAGUAUCAGUCCGUGCUAUAUUUGCAGUCAGGUGAAUCUCAUUGUGAAAGGUUCAAAUGCGACAUCAAGUAGGGCUUUUACGACGGUGGUUCUGGCUUUGGAAUGACAGGACUCAAGACACAAAUCAGCUAUCAUGUCAUGUUAUUACUACAGUUGAUUACUGUUGAUUACUGUUUCAAACUGUCUUUCAGGAGAACCGUACUCUCAGACUCUUGCCAAAGGCUUGAUGCUGAUAUUUUUCAUACUAGUUGCAGCUGUCCUGAGUGAUCCUUGGAGGAGAAUCCACAGAGCAUGGAAUAAGAGAUGAAUCUUCAGUUACCCAGAAUAAAGCCAGCAUUUUGUUAAUGCUUUUCUAUACUUUUAAUAUGUGGUACUGGAUGAAAAAAAUGUAUAUUUUUCUAAGGGCAAAAAAUAAAAAGAUAAAGUAUUUGCAAAAUGACAG